AUGAUGCAGCAGGCACCUGAGGGGCACAGUUCGGCCCAGGCCCCCCCAGCCAAGACCAAGGAGAUAGAGAUCAAAGCUGUUAUUGUUGGGGACGGGGGCUGCGGGAAGACAUCAUUGCUCAUGGUUGUCGCCAGAGGGGACUUCCCCAAGAUCUACAUCCCCACAGUGUUCGAGAAGUACACGGCCUCCUUCCAGGUUGGCAGCAAGCCCAUGAAGAUCCACCUCUGGGACACAGCAGGACAGGAAGACUAUGACAGGCUUCGCCCAUUGUCUUACUCGGAUGCCAAUGUUAUCCUCAUGUGCUUUGAUGUUACCAACCCCAGCAGCUAUGACAACAUCCUAACAAAGUGGUACCCAGAGGUGAACCACUUCUGCAAGGGCAUCCCCAUGGUGUUGGUGGGCUGCAAGACUGACCUGCGGAAGGACCAGGCCAUGCUACGCAGGCUCCACGAAGACCGCCUGGAGCCCGUCACCUACCAGCAGGGGGAGGCCAUGGCCCAGCUGGUCCAUGCAGUGUCCUACUUUGAGUGCUCAGCCAAGUACCAGGAGAACAUCUCAGCCAUCUUUGUGGCAGCUUGCAGUGCUGCACUCAGUGCCACACGGAGGACCCAGCGCCGAAGGCGACCCAAGCGGGGCUGCAUGCUCUGCUGAUCUCCCCUGGCACCCCCAGCGGGAUCCCACCUGCUUCUUUUGAAGCAUCAUCUCUCCUGGCUGGC